AUGGCGGUACAGAUCGGCGACCUGCACUUGUUCAGUCUGCGUGACGGGGUUCCUGGGCUUUUGCGCAGCAAGGACGCGGCCAUAGUGUUUCUGCUCACGCUGGCGUCGCUGUUCACCCGGCUGUACCAGAUCGGGCGGCGACCAAACGUAACGUGGGACGAGGCCCACUUUGGCAAGUUCGGCGCGUACUACAUAAACCACACGUUCUACCACGACGUGCACCCGCCGCUGGCAAAGAUGAUGGUGGCCCUGGCUGAGGUCAUUGCUGGCCACAACGGCACGUUCCGGUUCAGCUCGGGAAAGAAGUACCCCGAGUACGUCGACUACACGCUGAUGCGAGCGCAGAUCGCCAUGUAUGGUGUUGCGCUGGUGCCGCUGGCAUUCCUGACAUGCAUACAGUUCAGGCUGAGCCGGCCCAUGGCAACGCUGGCUGCGGUGUUUGUAUUGUUUGACAAUGCGCUAUGUGUGAUGAGCCGGUUUAUCCUGCUGGACGAGCCGCUGCUGUUUUUCACGGCCCUGACGCUGUGGAGCGCAUCCAACUUCCAGAACCGCAACAAGCACGGGCCGCCGUACACGCGCGCGUGGUGGAGCUGGCUGGGCAUGACGGGGUUCUCGCUUGGCUGCGUGAUGAGCUCAAAGUGGGUCGGCCUGUUCUGUGUCAUCAUGGUCGGCAUUGCCACUGCUGAGGAUUUGGUGCGCAAAUACUGCGACAUGAUGCCGUGGCGCGAGUACGGAAGGCAUUGGGUGGCCCGGGCGCUGUGCCUGAUCCUGAUUCCGCUGCUGGUGUACACGCUCACGUUCUGGAUCCACUUCAAGGUUCUGUACAAGGCUGGCUCAGGCGACUUUAAGAUGCCAGCCAACUUCCAGGCCAACCUGAAGGGCAACAUGCUAAACAGCCAGCCGUACGACAUUGCCUACGGUGCGCUGGUGGAUAUCCGCGCUGUGUACAAUGGCCCUGGCCUGCUUCACUCACACGUGCACCAGUACCCCAAGGGCUCCCGACAGCAGCAGGUUACGUGCUUCCCCCACCGCGACUCCAACAACGUGUGGCAGCUGCGGCGACCGGCAGGGUCACCAGCCAAUUACACGAUCGAUCCGAUUGAUUUUGUGCAGGACGGCGAUAUCAUUCAGCUGACGCACAACCUGACUGGCGCGACGAUCCGCGCGUCCAAGGGCAUCCUAGCGCCGUUGACCGUCAGCCACUAUGAGGUGGCGGCAGAGAACAUCACCCACGCGACAGAUGUUGGGCUGACCAACUGGAAGAUCGAGGUUGUCAAGCAGAAGGCGAGCCGGGCUGGCAAGCGGAUCCAUGCGAUGACAACGGUGUUCCGGCUGCGGCACGAAGACACUGGCUGCAUCAUGCGUGUGGGCGGGCGCAAGCUGCCCGAGUGGGGCUGGCACCAGUCCGAGGUGACGUGUCUGCCCGACAGCACGCGCAAGAAGAACGUGAGGAGCAACGAUGUGCUGUGGUACAUUGAGCACAACACCAACACGCGGCUGGCCAAGGACGAUCUGUCCAAGUACGUGAGCAGCAACUUCAUCGUCGACAUGGUGACGCUGAAUAUCGAGAUGGGCAAGACCAACAAUGCGCUGUCGCCGGACCGCGACAAGUACAACUCGCUGGAGAGCGACCCGUGGUCGUGGCCGCUGCUGACAUUCCCGAUGCGCAUGGUCGGGUGGGGCAACAAGACGAUAAAGUACUACGAGAUCGGCAACCCGAUCCUGUGGUGGGCGUCGGCGCUUGUGUGCUUCCUGUAUCCGUUCCGGCUCCUGUACUUUGUUCUGCGGUGGCAGCGGCAGUGCAACGACUGGCCGCGCAACGGGUUCCGCGAGUUCUGGGACAACAGCAAGUUCCUGUGGGGCGGGUGGGCGCUGCACUACAUUCCGUUCUUCUUGAUGGGCCGUGUCACGUACAUCCACCACUACUUGCCGGCGCUGUACUUUGCGCUGCUGCAGCUGGCGUUUGACAUUGACUUUGCGCUGAAGCGCUGGCGGCGUGGUCGCUAUCUGACUGUGGCGGCGUGGGGCAUUGGUGCAGCUGUGUUUGUCGUGUUUUUGUACUUUGCACCGUUCACCUUUGGGUGGAACAAGCCCAUGAAGGAGCUGGCUGGGCGCCGGUGGCUCAAGACGUGGAACAUCUACGAGGACAUGUAUGACAUGUAG